AUGGCUUUCAAUCGCCCCGGCAUUGCCUCUAUGUCCCUAGGCCGGCCCUGGGUCCACGACCUCCCCGGCAAGCUGAUGCAAGCCGCGGCCCACGGCUUCGAAGGCAUCGAACUAUUCUUCGACGAUCUGGACUGCUAUGCCCAGCGCGUUUUCAACGGUGACCACCUAGAGGCUGCCAAGUCAACACGACGGAUGUGUGAGCGCCUCGGCAUGACCAUCAUCUGUCUGCAGCCAUUCUCCAUGUACGAAGGCCUCAUCGACCGGGCCGAAUCAGACCGACUAGUCAACGAGAAGCUUCCUAAGUGGUUCACCCUAGCGCGGGCGCUUGGCACAGACAUGAUCCAAGUCCCCUCCAACUUCCUUGGACCGGAUCCCCAGACCAGAGCUGCACGCACAACUGGUGACCGCACCGUCAUUGUUCGUGAUCUCCAGCGUCUGGCUGACUUGGGUGCUGGUGCCGGCUUCCGGUUUGUGUACGAGGCUCUCUGCUGGGGUGAUCACGUUGACACGUGGGAGGCUUCGUGGGAGGUUGUCCGUGAUGUCGGCCGUCCCAACUUUGGUCUCUGCUUGGACUCAUUUAACAUUGCUGGUCGUGUCUACGCCGACCCUGCUUCUCCCACUGGCCGUACCCCCAACGCCGCUGCGGACCUGGCUGCUUCGUUGAACCGUCUCCGCACUGCCAAAAUCGACCCCGCGAAGAUCUUCUAUGUCCAGCUUGUCGAUGGUGAGCGUCUUUCUGCUCCUCUGGAUGAGAAGCACCCCUUCUACGUCGCCGGAAACCCCGUGCGCAUGAACUGGUCUCGCAAUGCCCGUCUCUUCCCCUUCGAGGAGUCUCGCGGUGGUUACCUCCCCAUUCUGGAUGUUGCCCGCGUCUUCUUCGAGGACCUCGGUUUCCGCGGCUGGGUUUCUCUCGAGCUAUUUAGCCGUACCCUUGGUGAAACUGAUCCCUUUGUUCCUGCCGACCAUGCUCGUCGUGGUAUCGACUCAUAUAACAAGAUGGCUCACAUCUUGCAGUGGAAUGAGGCCACUGAGAGGAUUCCUGCUUCCAUUCCGGCGCCUGAGUCGCCCGUUCAGCACCGCCUGUAA